UUGUCAAAAAUUUUCUUCGGAGUGCAGACGUGUCUGGCUUCGUGUGUGAAAAUUAUUUUUCAAACUUGGUGAAACCUACUGUGUAUUGGAAUUUUCGUAAUCCUGUUGGUGUUCCGUGAUGGGGGAUUCAUUGGAAACUACUGUCAUGGGCAGCAUGGGAAGUGAUCCACCCCAAUCGGUGGUGGAUGCCGAAUCAGUCGCCAUUAUAGACUACGAUGGCUUCACUAAUUACAUUCGUAAAGCGGUGACCAUUCUACUGCCGGAGGAGGAUGUGGUUCCGAUGCCGCUAAAUGCGGCUCUCGAUGAUUCCGGCAAUCAGGAAUGUAUCCGGAAGUUCCUGUCCGAUCCGCAAACGCAGGCACUGUUUAUCCAGCGGUCCUGUUUUAAAGAUGAUGAAAAUGAGCCUCCUACGGAAGGUGAGGAAGAGAAAGAUGCCGUAUCGUACUACAUUAGCAACGACGUUCAUUUCACUAACCAACGGAUGGCAUCAUUGGUAUGCGUUAAACGUGGUGCUGUGAUCGAGGCGGACAAAUCGAUCUUGUCGCAGAUUCGUUUGAUCAAUUUUUCCGAAGGAUCGCCGUACGAAACGCUACACUCAUACAUCAGCAAAACUUUGGCACCGUUCUUCAAAAGUUACGUUAAGGAGUCGGGUCGUGCAGAUCGCGACGGCGAUAAGAUGGCUCCCUCGGUAGAGAAAAAACUUACCGAGCUUGAGAUGGGACUGUUGCAUUUGCAGCAAAACAUAGACAUUCCGGAAGUUACAUUAAAUAUCAAUGGCACCGUGGCACAAGUUGUCAAGAAAUGUGCCGACGAAAGUAGAAAAGCUAAAAUCACCGAUUUCGGAGAUAAGGUCGAAGAUUCUACUUUUUUGAAUACGCUACAGAACGGAGUAAAUCGUUGGAUUAAGGAGAUUCAAAAGGUGACGAAGCUGGACCGUGAUCCUUCUUCGGGAACUGCGCUGCAGGAAAUUUCUUUCUGGUUAAACUUGGAGCGGGCCCUGCAUCGCAUUCAGGAGAAACGCGAAUCUCCGGAAGUAGCUCUUACACUGAACAUUCUGAAACAUGGCAAACGUUUUCACGCAACUGUUUCCUUUGACACUGAUACCGGACUGAAACAAACCCUAGCAAUGGUGGCUGAUUAUAAUCCACUGAUGAAGGAUUUUCCUAUCAAUGACUUACUGUCGGCUACGGAACUGGACAAAAUACGCCAAGCGGUUCAAUCAAUAUUCAAUCAUCUUCGCAAGAUACGCAGCACAAAGUAUCCGAUUCAACGUUGUUUGCGUCUGAUCGAAGCAAUUUCUAGAGAUCUCAGUCAGCAACUAUUGAAUGUGCUCGGAACUCGUCGUCUAAUGCACAUUCCUUUCGACGAAUUUGAACGAGUAAUGAACCAGUGCUUUGAAGUUUUCAGCUGUUGGGAUGACGAAUAUGAUAAGCUACAAGGUAUUUUGAGAGAUAUCGUCAAAAAGAAGCGAGACGAACACAUCAAGAUGGUUUGGCGCAUUGCUCCAGCCCACAAAAAAUUACAGCAACGGAUGGAACACAUGCGAAAGUUCCGUCGCCAGCAUGAACAAUUGCGUACAGUGAUUGUUCGGGUCCUACGUCCUGCUCGACAGGCUUCCGGGAUAACCGGUGGUGGAGACGCUGGUAGUGUGGAUACUAAACAACCCUAUAGUCUUGAUAGCGCCGAUGCAAAUGCGAACGAAGAAGUUAAUCUUGCCUACGAGAAUGUUAAGGAGAUCGAGUGUCUCGAUAUCUCCAAGGAAGGAUCGGAAGCAUGGGAUGCGGCGAUUAAGCGUUACGAGGAAAGAAUCGAUCGCGUGGAAACUCGCAUCACAGCACAUUUACGUGAUCAGCUAGGAACAGCGAAAAAUGCCAACGAAAUGUUCCGUAUCUUUUCGCGCUUCAAUGCACUCUUCGUUCGGCCGCAUAUCCGCGGGGCUAUCCGGGAAUAUCAAACACAACUGAUCCAGCGCGUGAAAGAUGAUAUCGAAGCGUUGCAUGAGAAGUUUAAGGUUCAGUAUCCGCAGAGCAAAAGUUGCCGAUUGUCGGUAGUACGAGAUCUUCCGCCGGUGGCCGGAUCCAUCAUAUGGGCCCGCCAAAUUGACAACCAACUUACGAUGUAUCUGAAACGCGUCGAAGACGUGCUCGGCAAAGGCUGGGAGUCGCACAUAGACGGACAGAAGCUGAAGGCCGACGGUGACAGUUUCCGGGCCAAGCUUUCGACGGCCGAAGUGUUUCAGGAAUGGGCCAGGAAAGUCCAGGAACGUAACACCGGCAUAACGGGCAGAAUUUUCCUGAUUGAGUCGACACGUUCCCGCACGGGCCGUGGCAACACGUUGAGAUUGAGAGUAAACUUCCUGCCUGAGAUCAUUACACUGUACAAGGAAGUUCGUAACCUAAAAAGCUUGGGAUUCCGCGUUCCGUUGGCAAUUGUAAACAAGGCACACCAGGCCAAUCAGCUGUACCCGUUCGCCAUCUCGUUAAUUGAGAGCGUCCGAACUUAUGAACGAACACUGGAAAAGCUAACAAAUAGGAGUUUAGCACAAAAUUCAGUAUUCAAGAUCGAGGACCGUGCCAGCAUUAUUCCGCUGGUGGCUGGACUGCGCAAGGAAGUACUGGCACUGAUUUCCGAAGGUAUCGCACUGGUCUGGGAAAGCUACAAACUCGAUCCGUACGUUCAGCGGUUGUCGGAGAAUGUUACCUCCUUCCAGGAGAAGGUAGAAGACCUGCUCGUCGUCGAAGAGCAGCUGGAUGUCGAUGUUCGAUCGUUGGAAACAUGCCCGUAUAGUGCGGCCACCUUCGCUGAUAUCCUGUCCAAGAUUCAGCAUGCAGUCGAUGAUCUUUCGCUGAAGCAGUACUCCAAUCUGCAUGUUUGGGUUGCCCGUUUGGAUGAGGAAGUUGAGAAAAAGUUGGCGGCCCGGCUGCAGGCAGGUAUUCAAGCUUGGACCGAUGCGUUGACCGGCAACAAGAAGGAACUGGAUUUAUCCAUGGAUACGGAUGCCCCAGCACAGCCAACCAUCAAACCGGGUGGCGAUCCACACAUUCAGAAGGCAAUUCAUGAAAUUCGUAUCACGAAUCAACAGAUGUAUCUGUAUCCUUCCAUUGAGGAAGCUCGAUUCCAAAUCAUGCAGCAACUGUUCGCUUGGGAGGCAAUCGUAACAUCACAGACGCGUCUACAGAGCUCACGCUAUCAGGUGGGACUCGAUAAGCCCGUGUCGCAAACAUACAGAAAUCUCCUGACCAAGUUGCCGGGUGGAUCCGAUCCACUAGAGGGCAGCUAUGCAGCGAUCGAGAAUCAAAUUUCUGAAGUGCGUAAUUAUGUGGAUGAAUGGCUCCGCUAUCAGAGCUUGUGGGAUCUUCAAGCGGAUACUUUAUACGGUCGAUUGGGCGAAGACAUCAAUCUGUGGAUCAAAUGUUUGAACGAUAUCAAGAAAUCACGAACCACAUUUGACACAUCGGAUACUCGCCGUGCUUAUGGGCCGAUUGUCAUCGAUUACGCCAAAGUGCAGGCCAAGGUUACUCUCAAGUACGACUCGUGGCACAAGGAAGCCCUAAGCAAGUUCGGUCAGCUGUUGGGCAAUGAAAUGUCAACCUUCCAUGCCAAGGUUUCCAAAAGCCGCAGUGAUCUGGAACAGCAGAGUAUCGAAGCUGCCAGUACGUCGGAUGCGGUUUGUUUCAUAACCUACGUACAGUCGUUGAAGAAGGAAAUGCUCGUUUGGGACAAACAGGUCGAAGUGUACCGUGAAGCGCAAAGAAUACUGGAACGGCAACGUUUCCAGUUCCCGAACAGCUGGUUGCACGUUGAUAAUAUCGAAGGUGAAUGGUCUGCUUUCAACGAGAUUAUGAAGCGCAAGGAUUCCGCCAUUCAAACACAAGUGGCCAGCCUGCAAACUAAGAUUGUCGCCGAAGACAAAGCCGUAGAGUCUAGAACUUUGGACUUCUUGAACGACUGGGAAAAGAAUAAGCCAACGGGUGGACGCACUCGCCCGGAUGAUGCAUUACAACAACUGCACAUUUUCGAAACGAAAUUCUCGCGUCUAAAGGAAGAGCGUGACAAUGUGGCUAAGGCCAAAGAAGCCCUGGAACUGCAGGAGUCGGCCAUUCCAAACAACAGUACCGAGCGAAUGUCUGUUGUUCUUGAAGAAUUGCAAGAUCUGCGAGGAGUUUGGAGUGAACUAUCUAAAAUUUGGACACAAAUUGAUGAGACACGUGAGAAGCCCUGGCUUUCGGUACAACCGAGAAAACUUCGUCAAUCGCUGGAAGCGAUGAUGAACCAAUUGAAAGAGCUACCUGCUCGCCUGAGAAUGUAUGAAAGCUAUGAGUAUGUGAAAAAGUUACUGCAGAGUUACAUCAAGGUGAACAUGAUGAUUGUGGAACUAAAAUCGGAUGCCCUGAAGGAACGUCACUGGAAGCAGUUGACCAAACAACUACGCGUCAGCUGGGUGCUGUCCGAUUUGACUCUGGGGCAAGUUUGGGAUGUCAAUCUGCUGAAGAAUGAAUUGAUCGUGAAAGACAUCAUCCUUGUUGCUCAAGGUGAGAUGGCUUUGGAGGAGUUCUUGAAGCAAGUCCGCGAGAGUUGGCAAAACUACGAGCUGGAUCUGAUCAAUUAUCAGAACAAAUGUCGAAUCAUUCGCGGAUGGGAUGACCUCUUCAAUAAAGUCAAAGAGCACAUCAAUUCCGUUGCGGCUAUGAAGCUGUCGCCGUACUACAAAGUGUUCGAGGAAGAAGCUCUCACCUGGGAAGAAAAAUUGAAUCGCAUCAAUUCUCUGUUCGACGUCUGGAUCGAUGUGCAGCGUCGUUGGGUCUACUUGGAAGGUAUCUUUUCGGGAAGUGCUGACAUCAAGACUUUACUCCCGGUAGAGACUUCCCGUUUCCAAAGUAUCAGCUCGGAGUUCCUUGGGCUUAUGAAAAAAGUAGCCAAAUCUCCGAAGGUUAUUGAUGUACUGAACAUUCCCGCAGUUCAACGUUCACUGGAAAGAUUGGCCGAUUUGUUGGGAAAGAUCCAGAAAGCUCUGGGAGAAUACUUGGAACGGGAAAGAACCUCAUUCCCGCGGUUCUACUUUGUUGGUGAUGAAGAUUUACUCGAAAUCAUUGGUAACAGCAAGAAUGUGGCCCGUUUGCAGAAACAUUUCAAAAAGAUGUUUGCGGGAGUUGCUUCCAUACUGCUGAAUGAGGACAAUACCAUCAUUUUGGGAAUUGCUUCGCGUGAAGGAGAAGAGGUCAAGUUUACGAAGCCCGUAUCAACGGUGGAUCAUCCGAAGAUCAACGAAUGGUUGACUCUGGUGGAGAAAGAAAUGAGAUUCACGCUGGCCUCGUACUUGGCUCAAGCUGUGCAGGAUAUCAAGCAGUUCAAAGAUGAAAUCGAUACACAAAAAUAUAUGGAGUGGUGCGAUAAGUAUCAAGCUCAGAUAGUGGUUUUGGCGGCGCAAAUUCUCUGGUCUGAGGAUGUGGAAGCAGCUUUACAACAAGCUUCGGACAAUCCGAGUAACAAAUCCCCGUUGAACCGCGUUCUGGCCACUGUCGAAACCACACUGAACGUGUUGGCUGAUUCUGUUUUGCAAGAGCAACCUCCCCUGCGCCGUAAAAAGCUCGAACAUCUGAUCAACGAGUUCGUCCACAAGCGUACCGUGACCCGUCGUCUAAUCGCUCACGGUGUCAAUAAUCCCAAAUCGUUCCACUGGUUGUGCGAAAUGCGAUUCUACUUCGAUCCUCGUCAAACCGAGGUUCUGCAGCAGCUUACGAUCCACAUGGCGAACGCACGUUUCUACUAUGGCUUUGAAUAUCUCGGUGUUCAAGAUCGUCUGGUUCAGACGCCACUUACCGAUCGUUGCUACUUGACGAUGACUCAAGCACUGGAAUCUCGACUCGGUGGAUCACCGUUCGGUCCAGCCGGUACAGGUAAAACCGAAUCGGUCAAAGCACUCGGAAAUCAACUGGGCCGUUUCGUGCUCGUAUUCAACUGCGACGAAACGUUCGACUUCCAAGCCAUGGGACGUAUCUUCGUUGGACUGUGUCAGGUCGGUGCGUGGGGUUGUUUCGACGAGUUCAACCGAUUGGAGGAGCGAAUGCUUUCGGCUGUUUCGCAACAAAUACAAACCAUUCAGGAAGCUCUCAAAUCACAGCAGGAUAGUCUGAAGGAUGCUCAAACAAUCACAGUGGAACUGGUGGGCAAACAGGUUCGUGUUUCCACCGAUAUGGCAAUCUUCAUCACGAUGAAUCCGGGCUAUGCUGGCCGUUCCAAUCUACCGGAUAAUUUGAAAAAACUGUUCCGAUCACUUGCUAUGACAACUCCAGAUCGCCAACUGAUUGCCGAAGUUAUGUUGUUCAGUCAAGGUUUCCGCACAGCAGAAAAGCUGGCCUGCAAAAUUGUUCCGUUCUUCAAACUGUGCGAUGAACAACUCUCCAACCAAUCGCACUACGACUUUGGACUUCGUGCGCUAAAGUCCGUGCUCGUGUCGGCCGGUAAUGUGAAACGUGAUCGCAUCAUGAGAAUUAAGGAACUGAAAAAACAAAACGGCGAAGAGAACAUCGACGAAGCAUCGAUCGCCGAGAAUCUACCGGAGCAGGAAAUUUUGAUUCAAUCGGUCUGUGAAACCAUGGUACCGAAACUGGUGGCGGAGGACAUUCCGCUGCUGUUCUCGCUGUUGAGCGAUGUCUUCCCGAACGUUGGCUACACCCGGGCUGAAAUGAAAGGUCUGAAGGAUGAGAUCCGGAAGGUGUGCGCAGAGGAGUAUCUGGUGUGCGGCGAAGGUGAUGAGCAAGGUGGCGCCUGGAUGGAAAAGGGAUUCGGAGAAACUUGGGUCGACAAAGUGCUACAACUGUAUCAAAUUUCCAACCUAAACCACGGUCUGAUGAUGGUCGGUCCGUCCGGUUCCGGAAAGUCGACAGCGUGGCGAGUACUGUUGAAAGCUUUGGAACGCUACGAAGGCACCGAAGGGGUGGCCCAUGUCAUCGAUCCGAAGGCUAUCUCGAAGGAAGCACUGUAUGGUGUUUUGGAUCCGAACACACGCGAAUGGACGGACGGUUUGUUCACGCAUAUCCUACGUAAGAUCAUAGACAAUGUUCGUGGUGAGAUCAACAAGCGACAAUGGAUUAUUUUCGACGGUGACGUAGAUCCCGAGUGGGUCGAAAAUCUGAACUCCGUGUUGGACGACAAUAAGCUACUGACGCUGCCCAACGGUGAACGAUUGUCCUUGCCACCGAAUGUAAGAAUCAUGUUUGAAGUUCAGGACUUGAAAUAUGCCACACUGGCUACGGUAUCACGUUGUGGUAUGGUUUGGUUCUCGGAGGAUGUUCUUUCAACGGAAAUGAUCUUCGAAAAUUACAUGGCUCGAUUGAAGAAUAUCCCGUUGGAAGACGGCGAGGAAGAAAGUUUUACCCAGACAAAGGCGAACGAUAAAGAUGAUGAACUGACUCCAGCUCUGCAAACACAGAGGGAAAUCGCGACAAUGCUACAGCCAUACUUCAGCUCGGAUGGUCUCGUUGUUCGCUGCCUUGAGUAUGCAAUGUCCCAAGAACACAUCAUGGACUUCACUCGCUUGCGUGCGCUCAGUUCGUUGUUUUCAAUGCUAAAUCAGGGUGCGCGGAAUGUGUUGAAUUUCAACCAACAACAUCCAGAUUUCCCUGUUCCUCCGGAACAACUAGAGCAAUACAUUCCAAAACUGCUGAUCUACUCACUGCUGUGGUCGUUUGCUGGUGAUGCCAAACUGAAGGUUCGUUCUGAUUUGGGUGAUUUCUUGAGAAGUGUUACUACGGUCGCUUUGCCUGCCCAAUCGGGCAGUCCAAUCAUUGAUUACGAGGUUAAUAUUCAAGGUGAUUGGGUUCCGUGGUCCAACAAAGUGCCGGUGAUUGAAGUCGAGACUCACAAGGUAGCCGCUCCAGAUGUCGUCGUACCAACGUUGGACACCGUUCGCCAUGAAUCGUUGCUGUACACUUGGCUGGCUGAACACAAACCGUUGGUUCUUUGCGGUCCACCAGGGUCUGGUAAAACCAUGACUCUUUUCUCGGCACUCAGAGCUCUUCCGGAUAUGGAAGUUGUUGGUUUGAAUUUUUCAUCUGCUACCACUCCAGAGCUACUGCUGAAAACAUUCGAUCACUACUGCGAGUAUCGCAAAACACCGAACGGAGUUAUCUUAGCACCGGUCCAGUUGGGCAAGUGGCUUGUUCUAUUCUGCGACGAAAUCAAUUUACCCGAUAUGGACUGUUAUGGAACCCAACGCGUAAUCUCAUUCCUCCGGCAGUUAGUGGAACACAGAGGAUUCUACCGUGCCGGAGAUCAGUCUUGGGUUACGUUGGAGCGUAUCCAGUUUGUCGGAGCUUGUAAUCCUCCUACCGAUCCGGGUCGAAAACCACUGUCUCAUCGUUUCCUGCGUCACGUGCCAAUAAUCUACGUUGACUAUCCCGGCGAAACGUCACUCAAACAAAUCUACGGAACAUUCAGUCGUGCGAUGUUACGUCUCAUGCCGAAUCUACGAGGCUACGCGGAACCUCUGACGAACGCAAUGGUGGAAUUCUACUUGGCUUCUCAGGAUCGUUUCACUCAAGACAUGCAACCGCAUUACGUGUAUUCGCCACGUGAAAUGACCCGUUGGGUACGAGGUAUCUGCGAAGCUAUCCGUCCUCUGGACAAUCUACCCGUGGAAGGACUGGUUCGAUUGUGGGCUCACGAGGCUCUUCGCCUGUUCCAAGAUCGUUUGGUAGAAGAAUCCGAACGUCGUUGGACUAAUGAAAACAUCGAUCUUGUUGCAAUGAAACACUUCCCAAGCGUCGAUCGCGAGAAGGCACUGGAGCGACCUAUUCUCUACAGUAACUGGUUAUCAAAGGACUACACACCGGUCAAGAGAACGGAGCUACGGGAUUACGUCAAGGCCCGACUCAAGGUGUUCUACGAGGAAGAACUGGAUGUUCCGUUGGUGCUGUUCGAUGAAGUAUUGGAGCAUGUUUUGCGGAUUGAUCGUAUUUUCCGUCAACCGCAGGGACAUCUGCUACUGAUUGGUGUUUCGGGUGCUGGCAAAACAACCCUAUCCCGCUUUGUCGCCUGGAUGAACGGACUUUCGAUUUUCCAAAUUAAAGUCCAUAACAAAUACACGAGCGAGGACUUUGACGAAGAUCUGCGUUGCGUGCUGAGACGGUCCGGAUGUAAGGAUGAAAAAAUUGCCUUCAUAUUGGAUGAAUCGAAUGUUUUGGAUUCCGGAUUUUUGGAACGUAUGAAUACACUUCUGGCGAACGGUGAAGUGCCUGGACUGUUCGAGGGUGAUGAAUAUACCACUCUGAUGACCCAAUGUAAGGAAGGUGCUCAACGGGAAGGUCUCAUGCUGGAUUCCAGUGAUGAAUUGUACAAAUGGUUCACGCAGCAGGUUAUGCGCAAUCUGCACGUGGUAUUUACCAUGAAUCCUUCUACGGACGGGCUAAAAGAUCGAGCCGCUACUUCCCCCGCCUUGUUCAAUCGCUGCGUGCUGAAUUGGUUUGGUGAUUGGUCGGAUUCGGCUCUGUUCCAAGUUGGCAAAGAAUUCACGGUUCGAGUAGAUCUCGAUAAACCCACUUGGACCGCGUCGGACUUCUUCCCGGCGGUUUGUCCGUUGAUCAGCAACACACCGUCGCACCGCGAAGCUGUCAUCAAUGCUUGCGUAUACGUUCAUCAAACAUUGCACAAAGCCAACGCACGGCUUGCGAAGCGCGGUGGUCGUACGAUGGCCAUCACCCCGCGACACUAUCUCGAUUUUAUCCAUCAUUUCGUGAAGCUAUACUCGGAGAAACGGAGCGAUCUGGAAGAACAGCAGCUACAUUUGAAUGUCGGUCUGAACAAAAUUGCAGAAACAGUGGAACAGGUUGAGGAAAUGCAAAAAUCUUUGGCGGUGAAGUCCCAAGAACUGCAGGCAAAGAAUGAGGCCGCUAACGCGAAACUCAAGCAAAUGUUCAAGGAUCAGCAGGAAGCGGAAAAGAAGAAGGUUCAAUCGCAGGAAAUUCAACAACAACUGGCAGAACAAACGAUUAAAAUCGAAGAGAAGCGCAAGGAUGUAAUGGCAGAUUUGGCACAAGUUGAACCGGCAGUUAUUGACGCUCAGGCCGCGGUCAAAUCGAUCAAAAAGCAACACCUAGUGGAGGUCCGUUCCAUGGCCAAUCCACCGGCCGUCGUCAAGCUGGCCCUGGAAUCCAUCUGUCUGCUGCUGGGAGAAAACGCCUCCGACUGGAAAUCGAUCCGCGCCGUCAUUAUGCGGGAGAACUUUAUCAAUUCUAUUGUGUCUAAUUUCAGUACUGAAGAUAUAACCGACGAUGUCCGUGAAAAGAUGAAAUCACGUUAUCUCAGCAAUCCGGACUACAACUUCGAGAAAGUCAAUCGCGCCUCGAUGGCUUGUGGCCCCAUGGUCAAGUGGGCUAUCGCUCAGGUUGAGUAUGCGGAUAUGUUGAAACGUGUAGAGCCGCUGCGCGACGAGUUGGGAUCCCUGGAACAUCGAGCUGAGACCAACAUCAAGCACGGUCAGGAGGUGAAAGAACUGAUUGCUCAGCUCGAGCAAAGCAUUGCUUCGUACAAGGAGGAAUACGCACAGCUCAUCUCGCAGGCACAAGCCAUCAAAACCGAUCUGGAGAAUGUGCAGGCCAAGGUUGACCGUUCGAUCGCUCUGCUGAAAAGUUUAGUGAUCGAACGAGAACGGUGGGAGGCGACCAGUGAAACUUUCCGCUCGCAAAUGUCUACCAUCAUCGGAGACGUGCUGCUGUCGGCUGCCUUCAUCGCUUACGGUGGAUACUUCGAUCAACACUACCGAAGCAAUCUGUUCGCUACCUGGUGUCAACAUUUGCAGGCAGCGAAUAUUCAAUUCAGAGCCGAUAUCGCUCGAACUGAGUAUUUGUCCAAUCCGGAUGAACGGCUGCGCUGGCAGGCGAAUGCUUUGCCGACUGACGAUCUUUGCACUGAAAACGCAAUCAUGCUGAAACGCUUCAACCGAUACCCGCUAAUAAUCGAUCCAUCGGGACAGGCUACUGAGUUCAUCUUGAACGAGUUUAAGGAUAAGAAAAUUACCAAAACUAGCUUCCUGGAUGAUUCGUUCCGUAAAAAUCUUGAAUCUGCUUUGCGUUUCGGUAACCCACUUCUGGUACAGGAUGUUGAAAACUAUGAUCCUAUACUGAAUCCGGUACUGAAUCGUGAGCUGCGUCGUACGGGUGGGCGUGUUUUAAUUACCCUCGGAGACCAGGAUAUCGAUUUGUCACCUUCGUUUGUGAUCUUCUUAUCUACGCGAGACCCAACCGUCGAGUUCCCGCCAGAUAUAUGCUCUCGCGUUACUUUCGUGAACUUUACCGUCACGAGAAGCUCACUGCAGUCGCAAUGUUUGAACCAGGUGUUGAAGGCCGAGAGACCAGAUAUCGAUGAGAAACGAUCCGAUCUGUUGAAACUGCAAGGUGAAUUCCAUUUGCGUCUAAGACAAUUGGAGAAGAGCUUGCUGCAAGCGCUUAAUGAUGCCAAGGGUAAAAUUCUGGACGAUGACUCAGUUAUUACAACUUUGGAAACAUUGAAGAAGGAAGCUGCAGAUAUUGGUCAGAAGGUUGAGGAAACCGACAAGGUUAUUGCCGAGAUUGAAACUGUUUCACAGCAGUACCUAUCGUUGUCGCAAGCCUGUAGUAACAUCUAUUUCACUAUGGACAGCUUGAACCAGGUUCACUUCCUGUAUCAAUACUCACUGAAAAUGUUCCUGAACAUUUUCAGCACCGUACUACAUAACAAUCCACGACUGGAGGGUAAAACUGAUCACACCGGACGUCUGUCCAUCAUCACGUCUGACCUUUAUCGGGUGUGUUACGAACGCGUAGCACGUGGUAUGCUUCAUGCUGACCGGCUGACAUUUGCCAUUCUGUUGUGUCGAAUUCAUCUGAAGGGAACAAGUGAAGCAAACUUGGAUCAGGAAUUCAGUUUCUUCCUGCGCAACAAGGAAGGCUUAGUAAGCUCUCCCCACCAUAUCGAUGGCGUCAGUGCUGAGCAGUUGGAGUCAGUUACACGUUUAGCAAAUCGUCUCCUCAAUUUCCGGAAACUGUUUGAAAAGAUUCAAUCUAUGCCGGAACUGACGGCAUGGUUACAGCAGGGAUCGCCGGAACAAAACGUUCCUGUACUGUGGGAUGAAUCGAAGGCACUUUCCGCCAUCUCAGCUGCUAUGCAUCAACUUUUACUGAUUCAAGCGUUCCGACCAGACCGUGUCAUUGCUGCCGCACAUCUGUUUGUUGCUACCGUACUAGGAGAAGACUUUAUGCCACAGGCUGAAAAGGAACUCGAUUUCGGAACUUGCGUGGAAAAGGAACUUACCAGCAAUACACCGGCAUUACUUUGCUCCGUCACCGGAUACGAUGCAUCUUCGCGGGUGGAUGAUUUGGCAGCUGAACUCAAUAAGCAGAUCUCAAGCAUUGCUAUCGGAUCGGCUGAAGGUUUUAAUCAAGCCGAACGCGUUAUUAAUAUGGCUUGUAAAUCUGGACGAUGGGUUCUCCUCAAGAACGUUCAUCUUGCUCCACAGUGGCUCGUUCAGUUGGAGAAAAAGUUACACUCUUUACAGCCACACUCUGGAUUCCGGCUGUUCCUUACUAUGGAAAUCAAUCCGAAAGUACCGGUCAACCUUCUACGAGCCGGACGUAUCUUCGUAUAUGAACCUCCUCCAGGCAUUCGAGCAAAUCUUCUACGAACCUUCUCUACAGUCCCAGCAGCUCGUAUGAUGAAACAACCCAGUGAACGUGCUCGUCUCUAUUUCCUGCUUUCUUGGUUCCAUGCUAUUGUACAGGAACGCUUGCGUUACGUACCGCUUGGCUGGGCCAAGAAGUAUGAGUUCAACGAGUCCGAUUUGCGCGUUGCCUGUGAUACAUUGGACACUUGGAUCGACGCUACUGCUAUGGGCCGUACGAAUCUCCCACCAGAGAAAGUUCCAUGGGACGCUUUGGUAACGUUACUCUCUCAAAGCAUCUACGGUGGUAAAAUUGAUAACGAUUUCGAUCAGCGCUUGCUAUCAUCGUUCUUGUCCAAAUUGUUCACGGCUCAUAGUUUCGAAGCUGAAUUCGCCCUGGUAGCCAAUGUGGAUGGUGUUGCUGGUGGACCAAACGGACAGCGACACAUUACAAUGCCGGAUGGAACCCGUCGAGAUCAUUUCCUCAAGUGGAUUGAAUCGUUGGCAGAUCGCCAAACUCCUUCGUGGUUAGGAUUACCCAAUAACGCGGAGAAGGUACUUUUGACUACACGUGGAACCGAUUUAAUCUGUAAGCUACUCAAAAUGCAACAACUUGAAGAUGAUGAUGAGCUAGCCUACAGCAAUGAUGAGAGUUUAGCUACGGUGCAAACUCGCCAGGAGGAUGGACGUCCAUCAUGGAUGAAAACAUUGCAUAACAGUGCCCUGACUUGGUUAGAACUACUACCGAAGCAGUUAGCCACGUUGAAACGAACUGUUGAAAACAUCAAAGAUCCGUUGUAUCGCUACUUCGAACGGGAAGUUUCAUCUGGUGCGAAACUGCUGCAAACGGUAGUUAGCGAUCUGCAGGAUGUGGUAUUAAUAUGUCAAGGAGAAAAGAAACAAACCAACUAUCAUCGCACAAUGUUGAGUGAACUAGUUCGUGGUAUUCUUCCGGCAGGCUGGAGACGAUACACAGUACCUGCGGGUUGUACUGUCAUCCAGUGGGUAACCGAUUUCAGUCAUCGAAUUCAUCAACUGCAGAAAGUAUCAACCUUAGUUUCGCAGGCCGGAGCUAAGGAAUUACAGAGCUUCCCCGUCUGGCUUGGUGGUCUGUUCAAUCCAGAGGCAUAUAUUACUGCGACCCGCCAAUGUGUAGCACAGGCGAACAGUUGGUCUUUGGAGGAGCUUACAUUGAAUGUUACCAUCACCGAAAACGGAUCCGAUGGGUUUGACAACCUUAAGGAUAGUAGCUUCGGCAUAUCGGGUUUGAAAUUACAGGGCGCACAGUGUAAAAACAACCAGCUGCUGCUGACAUCAGCAAUUAUGACGGAGCUCCCGUUGACAUUGCUCAAAUGGACAAGGAUCGAUUCGGAGGGCGCCCGAGCGACCAAACUAACGCUUCCAGUAUACUUGAAUUCAACCAGAACCGAGCUACUCUUCACAGUUGAUAUGACGGUUGCUCCCGGACAAGAUCCGCACAGUUUCUACGAACGAGGCGUUGCAGUAUUGUCUUCUACUGCUUUGAACUAAACUUCAAUAGAAAACAAACAAUAAUCGAAUAAUUAUUAUACUCACAAUAUUUCAUGGUUUUUGAAUAACAGAUAGUAUACCAACUAUAUCAGCAUACACACAUUAAUAAAUAUAUUACUCAUUCAGCA